UUCACCACUCGCAGGACGCACAUCUUUAACCCGCCGCCACCGCCACCGCCGCCGCACUUAAGAGUCCCGCUCAGAAGCAGGGAACCCGUAACCUGCCCCUGCGAGACAGAGGGCACUCCGCGUAGUCCUCUUCAAACCUGCGGUCACACCAGAAUCGCAUCGCAUUGCGUUUGGACCGCCAGAUGGCCAUUUACAUCGGCAUCAACAAUUACAACUUGGUUUAUUAGUUUGAGAGCACUUCGUUUCAGGCAUUCUGUACUGGCGGUGUAGACCGUGUGGUUAGAGCUUACAGAGUAGUCCAAGUGUGUUUUAAAGUAACGGUGAAGGCACCACAGGUGUUUGAGAGGUAGGAAGGAGGAUAACGACGCAUUGGACCCGAACACUGUGCUUGUUGCAACAGGUGUCAAGGCAGGGUGAUAAAAGAGAGAGGAAAAAGAACAAGCUAGCUGAAAAGUGUUGACAGAGACAAGUUGCAGCAGUGACAGAGAGACAGAGGGAAACAAAGAGACAGAGAAAGAGAGAAACACCCCCUGGAGAAUUGACAGAAGAGCCGGCCCCCGGCGUGAGUGUGUGUGUGUGAGAGAGAGAGAGGGAGAGAGGGGCAACGUUAAAAGCCGGUACAGGCAUGAUGUCCUACAUUAAGCAGCCUCAUUACGCCGUGAACGGGUUAACUCUGUCCGGCCCGGGCAUGGACCUGCUACACUCCGCCGUCGCAUACCCAAACACUCCGAGAAAGCAGCGCAGGGAGAGGACCACGUUCACCCGCGCGCAGCUAGACAUCCUGGAGGCGCUGUUCUCAAAGACACGCUACCCUGACAUCUUCAUGCGCGAGGAGGUGGCGCUCAAAAUCAACCUGCCCGAAUCUCGAGUCCAGGUGUGGUUCAAGAACCGGCGGGCCAAGUGCCGUCAGCAGCAGCAACAGAGCAGCGGUCAGUCCAAGCCGCGGCCGCCCAAGAAGAAGGCUUCGCCGGCCCGCGAGCCCAACAGCGCCGAGGCCAGCGUCAGCAACAACGGGCCCUACAGUCCCGCGCCACCCCCGCCUGGCACGGCCAUCACGCCCAACUCCAGCGGCGCCAGCGCCACCGUGUCCAUCUGGAGUCCAGCGUCCAUCUCACCGCUGCCCGACCCGCUGUCCGCCUCGUCCGCACCCUGCAUGCAGCGCACCUCCGCCUACCCCAUGACCUACACGCAGGCGCCCGCCUACAGUCAGAGCUACGGCGCCUCGUCCUCCUACUUCACCGGCCUGGACUGCAGCUCCUACCUGUCCCCCAUGCACCCGCAGCUGUCCGCCACCGGGGGCGCCCUCAGCCCCAUCACCGCCUCCACCAUGGGCGGCCCGCUGAGCCAGUCGCCGGCCUCGCUGUCCUCCCAGGGCUACACCGCCGCCUCGCUGGGCUUCGGCGCCGUCGACUGCCUGGACUACAAGGACCAAGCCGCCUCCUGGAAACUCAACUUCAACGCGGCAGACUGCCUGGACUACAAGGACCAGAAUUCCUGGAAGUUUCAGGUGUUGUAGAAAGAGUGAGGGAGAGAGAGAGAGAGAGAGCAGAGAGAGAGAGAUAGAGAGAGGGAGGGAGAGAUGGAGGGAUGAAAGGAGAGUUGUAGAAGGAGGCGAGGAAGGGAAAAGAGAAGGAGUGGAGAUUCAAGCUUUUAUACAGAAAACAUUCAGAGAUCCUUUUGGACCAUGCAGCGCCGGUGUGGGCACACAUAGCCGACCUUUUCAACGGAUCAUGACGAUGACCAUGUUUUAAGUGCUCACACUUAACAUCUCAAUGGUUUGCUCAUUGACUGAUCAGUUUUACUGUCAUACUUUGUGAAAAAAAAUUGGACUGCUAUUGUUGAAAAUCAUGAAAUAAGAUUUUGGAGAAAAAAAAUGUGAGAUUUCUAAAUUAUCUAAAUGAUAAUAAGUUUAAUUUAUUUAUAUGUGAGUUGGAAUAUAUUUUGAUUGUCUGAAACUUGGAUCAUCAGUGUGCUCAGUAGCCUGAUGAGGUUUUUUAAUCAACGUAACUGAAGCGCCAAUCAAUGCAAAAAUGUGAGUAAUGCUGGUACUUUGACUAACAUGAAUCACCCAGACGAUAGCACGAGGACUCUGUGGCUAUAAAACCUGAGAAACAUGAACGUACAUGACAUAAGAGUUACUGCUACCACCUUGAGUGAUAUUCAGUGUAAUUGUCUGAGAAUGGUCUUCUUUCAUACAUGCAUAUUAUACAUGGGCAAGCACAGUACCAUAAAUAAGAAUUAGAGUUUGAAAUCCAGAUCAAAAUGACCAUGGCAUGUAUUUAUGUGUUACAUUUCAGCAUGGUGAGUCAGACCACUCCAUUUGGAAGUAGAGUCUUUUGAUAUCGUUCUUCACCUUAAUAUUCCAUACGUGGAGUCAUUGUCUUUUUCUUUUUGUCUGGUUUUAUUUUUUUUUUUCCUUUUAACUUUUGCAACGAAGCUGCUUAUCAUAUUUGUGAACUAAGAGAGUUCCGAGCCAAACAAAAAACAAAACAAAAACAAAAACAAAGACACUUGGAGCUUUGCCUGGUAGGUGCUGUGCAACAUGAACGCAUGACGUCCUCUUUGAGCAGAAAGCUCCCAAGUGCAUAUCCACACAGAAGGUCGUCCUGGGAUACUGUCGCCCUGGAUACUGUGUCCAGAUUCUGGUUUAAAGUGCACACCUCCUUCCCUGUGGCCAAUGCCGAACGCAAGGCAUUGUGGGAUACAUGAAGAGAGUGUCAGACGCCUGUUUAUAUCUCAGUGUGGGUUUAUGGUAUAUUUUGUUGGACAAAUGUGUACUACAUUAGCAUCCAACUACACAGAUUGCCCCUUAAUGACUUAAAAACCAUUUUGCAGAAAGUACAGUAAUGAUCAAGAGAAAGACAGAAGAGUCUGUGAUGAUAAGAGAAAGAGAGAGACGGAGAGGGGGAGGGGAUCUACUCAAAGAAAGGGAAAGAAAGAAUGUGAAGGUAUUCUUUGCUCUUGCACAGACAACAUCAUAUUUCUCGUGGGGAGGGAUACCAUUGUGUAUUGAUGUAUUGUUUAAUUAUUUUUUUUGUAUUAGACUGUAAAAAUUCAUGUUUCUUUGCAAUUGUGAGUUCUUUGAAGUAAAUUUGUGGUUAAUCUGUUUGAAUUAAUAUUAUUGUCAUUAUUGCUAUUAUUAACAAUGUUGUGAUGUCCACAGCUAUUAUGAAUAUUGCAUUUAUUCAGAGUUGUGUUUUCUUUAUCUCUUUUGUAAAUACAACAUAAAAAAAACUUUACUUGAAAAAAUGCAAUCAUGUUUGGCACCGACACCGUGUCACCCUGUUACAGCAUACUCAACGGACUCUCGAUCACUCUCUUAAUUUCUAUAGAAGACUGCCAACUUUUUAUUUUUUUCUCUUUUUUUGUCUUUCUUCUUUUUUUUGUUCUGAUCAUUGUUAUUUUUUUUUUUUUCAAACUCAGGGUUUUUAGUGGGUAAACGUAGCAGCUUAUAGGCAGCAUUUUUGCUGUGUCUGGCUGUUCAUGUGUAACUUCAGCUCAUCACAGGAGAAUCACAUGCUUCUUUUCUGAUACGAAUGACUCAUCCACCUUUUGUAUAUUUGAAUGUUCCUCCCGCGUGUUUGCCCCAGCCCACCCAGAUGAUAGAAUUGGAUAGUGAUUAUGUUUCGAGACA